AUGUCGGCUCCACAGACUGCGGACGAGACGACUCGCCUAAUAUCACAGUCGCCACGUGAUGAACCCAUUGACAAUGCACCAGCUCCCGGGUCAGGUGCGCAAGGCUUGGAUCGACGUGCCAAACGCAACCUGCUAUCGGUCUUUGUCGCCAACGGCCUCCUCUCAUUCGGGCAUUACUUGGCCAUAGGAUCCAUCAUGGACCUUAUUCGAGGCCUUAGCUGUCAGGAAUACUACCAAUCACGUCCGCCAUCAUCGCCUGACAAAACGCUUGAAUGCAGCUUGGUCGACAUCGAGGCACGCACUUCCAGUGUCUUUUCCUACAUGCUCAGCAUCGGCAGUCUGUUUUCGUGCUUGUCCGCACUCGCUUUAGCACCCUGGUUGCUCAAACGCCUGGGUCGCCGAGGGACCAUGCUGAUUGGCGUUCUCACGCCUGCGCUCGAGCUCAUGGUUGUUGCCAGCAUUCCAAAUCGCUUUUCGUCUUUAUCGACCAGCGCCACUCCCCCCAUGUGGAUUGAGAGCUCACCCACCAGCUCGCUCCGUAUGCUUCUCGCAGAAGCUCUUGUGUUUGGAAUUGUUGCCUGCCCUGAUGCGAUCGUAGGCAUUGUCUCUUCAGCUAUAGUACUCGACUCGGUUCCUGUCGAUCUGCGUUCUACCUGGCUGGCUCGUCUGGCCUCGACUCAAUUCCUAGGCAUGCUUGCAGCCACCGUCGCUCUUCGUUUUGUCAAUCUUGACACUGGUUCUGAUCUGGUCUCUGACAAGCUGCCCAUCCGCAUAGGAGCUGCCAUUAGCCUACUCGCUCCGCUCUGGACGUUAUUUACACUGGCAAAACCACCUCCUUCUCCGCUUGAACAGCUACAGGCAGCUCAAGAAUCGACACCGUCUGUACAGGAGCAGAGUAUCGGCCCUCGUCUCACUAGAGCACCCAAGCCCAUGCGCCUGCUCUGGCCCGCCACUUCACUGGCUGAACCCAAACGCGAUUGGCGUCUGGUCAAGCUCAUGAUCGCUGCUACGCUCUGCAGCCAGAUCACACUGACCACCAACACCGUGUUCGUCUACCUUCAAUCUCGCUUCGGCCUGCAUGCACGCGAUCUCAGCCUCGCACUCGGCCUGGUUGGCACGCUCAAGUGGAUCUUCCUCGUCGCCAUCUUCCCACGACUCGCCCGCUACGCACGUUCGCUGUACACUAAUACUGCAUUGGCAGAUCGGCUGCUCGCCAUCCUAUCUCUGCUUCUCGACGUGCUAGCCUGGAUCGUCGUCAUUGUGGGAGGGCGGGUCCACAGCUUGCCCAUAUUUCUCCUUGCCAUGGUCGUCUACGUUUCAGCAGCCGGCAAUGCGUCUCUGAUCACAUCGCUCGCCUCGUUGAUGCUGCCUCAAGAUGCCAGUGUCGACGAGAUGAUGGCCACUCUCACUUCGAUGGCAAACAUCAUGAGCACGAUUGGACCCAUUUUGAAUUCCAGCGUCUACAGUCUGGGUCUCGAUGCUGGCUUCCCAGAGCUCGUCUUUGGACUGACCGCACUCGUCUCGGUCGGAGCUGCAGCGUUGGUUGCUUCCACUUCUAUCGGCUCCAAGCCAACGUUGGUUUUGUCGAGGUAG